GAGAUGGAGGUUGGUGUUUGGUGUUGGCGCAUUGCUUAGGUUGGGUUAGGUUAGGGUUUAUGAAGCAAAGCUUUGAGUGAAACCAACAAUGGCGUCGAAUAGCGUUCUCAGAAGUGGGGCUUCCUUGUUGAAUCGCCUUUCCAAAUCGCUUCCUCUUCAUUCCAAUACCCCUCAACUUCAAUCUCAUUUCCUCUUCCCUUCUCUCUCUAGGCUCCCCUCUGCCAUUUCUCCCCAAAACGACAUCGAAUUUCCCCACAAACAAGGCUUUCUCUACCCCUGUGGCCUCCCCUCUCUCCGCUUCUUCUUACCUCACGGGGAUGCUCCUUCAUCAGAUGAGCCCAUGCUUUUGUUCCCCAAAAGGACGUUUCAACCUAGUCUCAUUAAACGAAAGAGGAACCAUGGAUUCUUUGCUCGGAAAGCGACCAAGGGUGGCAGAAAAGUAAUUGCUCGAAGAAUAGCCAAGGGCCGGUUUAGGAUUACAGCUUAGUAUCAUUGCAUUGACAUUGGAGUUAAAGUUUUAAUGUAGAAACUUAGUGCACUUCAUGGUAAGGCCCCCUCAGGGUGAACCUGACAUUGCUACCUAAAAGAGCUCCUUUUUUUGGUUGGGGUGUGGGGUUGGAGUUUUAUUAAGUAUAGCAUGCGAUGAAUAACUUUUCAGGCAACUGUUGUGCAUGGAUGUGUUAACAUUCUGUUUAUUUCUAUUUGAAAUUUUGGUCAGUAGUUGCAAUAAUUUGUAACUCUAGUAUUAGUUUUAUGUGUUGAGCACUGCAGAAUAAUCUAGCUUUAUUUGGUGCAAAGAAAACGAGCUUGUUUUUGAGUU